AUGGGCCAUAAAGUUAUACAUUCUUUGCUUCUCUUUCUUGAAACUGUUCCUGAUGUUGGCGAUCCAGGCUAUCAUUCAAUUCAUGAAUGGAGAAGGCCUAAUUCUAUCUCAUUAUCUUCAGCAACACAUAUGGCAACAUGCAUUGCUAAAAAGACAGAAAAUUUUUUGGCUAUUCCUGCUAAUUACAACAACAUACCACUCUUUAAUCCAAAGAACAUUGAAGCAUCAACAAUCAUUUACAGACUAGUUAACAAUUAUAAAGGUCAUUUUGACCUAAGUUACAAUUUUAUUAAAAAAGAAUGGAUCCAAAAUGAAAUGAUAAAUGAAAAUGAUUUUGAUCAAUUGGAGCUUUUGUUAGUGCACCCAUAUAAUGCAAAUAUUGAAGAAAAGAAAGAGGAGAGAUCAAUGAAAACAGUUAGAAUUUUAGAUAUAAAGGAACAAAAUUUUCGCUCUCUAGAAGAUUAUCUUUCUGCAAUUAAAAUGAUUACAGAUAUCAAAUCACUGGUGGAAUAUAAAAUAGUAGAUAUAAAAUUAUUUCCCUCUGGAUAUCAUACAGCACAUCCUCCAGAGAAAAAUAAAUGUGAUUAUUGUGAUAAUAAAUUCGAUCCAAAUCUUCCUGAAUGCAAUGGGGGAAUAUUAAUUUGUGGUCAUAGUUACCACUAUGACUGUUUUGAAACUUUAGAAAAAUGUUGCAGUCAUUGUACAAGAUUUUAUGAAAAUGAAAAUAAUAACGAAAAUGACAAAAAUUAUGAUCAAGAAUCAAUUGAAAACAUAAAUAUAAAUGAAGUUAUAAAUAGAUUGCUUACAAAUGCUAAAAAUGAAAUAAAAAAUUGGUAG